AUGGCCUCGCUCUCUCUUCCCUUCUCUUCCACCUCUCUGCAAUUUCCUUUCCCAUCACCAAAACCCACCCACAUUUCGGCCCCAAUUCCCUCACUCACCCACUACUAUUCGCGUUCGUCUUCAAAAAUCCGUAUGUGUGAUCUUUCGACCACACCCGAGAAGAAGCCUAGCUCCAGGAGGAAGAAAAGCAGCCCUUCUUCUUCUUCUUCGUCGCCUUCGUCGGAAGCACAAGAUAUGGUUCGUUUGAUGAUGAGGAGCUUCAGCGACAAGCAGCCGUUGGUGAAUACUUUGAACAAGUAUGUGAGGUUUGUGAGGACCGAGCACUGUUUCUUGCUGUUCGAGGAGCUCGGAAGGAGUGACAAAUGGCUGCAGUGCUUGGAGGUAUUCAGAUGGAUGCAGAAGCAAAAAUGGUACGUGGCCGAUAAUGGUGUUUACUCGAAGUUAAUUUCAGUUAUGGGAAAGAAAGGGCAAACCCGUAUGGCCAUGUGGCUAUUCUCGGAGAUGCGUAAUAGCGGCUGUAAGCCCGACACGUCCGUUUACAAUGCUCUAAUCACGGCCCACCUCCACUCUCGGGAUAAAUCCAAGGCUUUAGCAAAAGCCCACGUGUAUUUCGAGAAAAUGAAAGGCAUGGAGAGGUGCAAGCCUAGCGUCGUCACUUACAACAUUCUCUUACGAGCUUUUGCUCAGGCGAAAAAAGUUGACCAGGUCAAUGCGAUGUUCAAGGAUCUCGAAGAGAGUAUUGUGAAUCCAGAUAUAUACACAUUUAAUGGUGUGAUGGAUGCAUAUGGUAAACUAGGGAUGAUCAAGGAAAUGGAGUCGGUCCUUUCGAGAAUGAAGAGCAAACAGAUUAAACCGGACAUUAUCACGUUUAACUUGUUAAUUGAUGCGUACGGGAGAAAGCAAGAAUUCGUCAAGAUGGAACAAGUGUUCAAGAGCUUGUUACGCUCGAAAGAGAAACCGACACUCCCCACGUUUAACUCCAUGAUCACGAAUUACGGUAAAGCACGGCUUAGGGAAAAAGCGGAUUCGAUCUUCGAGAAAAUGACGGAGAUGGGCUAUAAACCGAGUCCCGUCACGUACGAGUGUCUAAUUAUGAUGUAUGGAUACUGUGAUUGCGUGUCGAGGGCUAGGGACAUAUUUGACCGUAUGGCCGAGUCUGAAAGGGAGAAAAAAGUGUCGACUCUUAAUGCAAUGCUUGAUGUGUAUUGCAUGAAUGGUUUGCCUAUGGAGGCAGAUAUUCUUUUCGAGAGUGCACGUGCGACUGGAAUUUACCCGGUUGACUCGUCUACUUAUAAACUCCUUUACAAGGCUUACACUAAAGCAGAUAUGAAAGAGCAUUUACAGAAGUUGCUCGUGUGUAUGGAUAAAGAUGGUGUUAUUCCUAAUAAAAGAUUCUUUCUUGAUGCUCUGGGAGCACUUGGGACUUCUUCUGCAAGAAAGAAUAAGAACAACAGCAAAAGCCGUCUGCUUCCCGCCACCCACACCACUCUCCUCCCGGUGGCGAAGCUACGUUCAGUGGCUGGGGUCGUCCGACACCAACGCUUUGCGUUGAACCACUUGUUCGGGAAUGUAUCAACCAAGAAUGCGGUCAUCUCUUUGUACAUGCGGAUGGGCCAAGUCGAUCGGGCCCGGGCUGAGUUCCGAGCCAUGAUGGAUCGUGACCUCAUCUCGUGGAACUCAAUGAUAGCGGGCUACAAUCAGUGUGGGCUCGACCGAGAAGCUCUGGAGAUGUUCGUGGAACUCAAUAAUGGGUCUGGAAUAAGGCCCGAUAGAUACACGCUCGCAAGUGUACUCUCUGCAUGUGCGAAUCUCGAGAGGUUAGAUGCUGGGAAGCAACUUCAUGCUUUUGUCGUAAAAAACGAGCCCGAUUCUCCCGUGCCCGUGUGGAAUGCGUUGAUCUCCAUGUACUCGAAAUGUGGCCGUGUCGAGACUGCACAUAAAAUCCUGCUAAAAUGCGGGACAUCUGUGCUAAAUGUUAUAGCUUUUACAGCUUUAUUAGACGGGUAUGUAAAGCUCGGUGAUUUGGGCCCGGCUCGUGAGAUUUUUGACUCGUUGAGCGAUCGUGAUGUGGUUGCAUGGACGGCUAUGAUCGUGGGGUACGCUCAAAAUGGGCUUAAUGAGAAUGCAAUGGAUCUUUUCAGGUCCAUGGUUGGAAACGGGCCCGAACCCAACAGCUAUACCCUUGCAAUUAUGUUGAGUGUGAGCUCGGACUUGGCUUCCUUAAACCACGGCAAACAAAUACACGCAAGUGCACUAAAAUUAGACGUGGCGCUUUCGGUUUCGGUCAGCAAUGCGCUGAUCAACAUGUACUCGAGAGCUGGAAAUAUCGGCUGUGCAGAAAAGUCGUUUAAUUUAAUAAAAAUGAGAAAAGACCCGAUUUCUUGGACCUCAAUGAUAGUUGCCUUAGCACAGCACGGUUUUGCAGACGAGGCUUUAAAGCUAUUUGAAGAAAUGUUGUUAUUAGAUAUCAAGCCUGAUCAUAUAACGUACAUUGGAGUCCUCUCGGCCUGUACGCAUGCAGGUUUGGUCGAGCAGGGGCGUUAUUAUUUCGAUAAAAUGCGGGACUCGCAUGGGAUCGAGCCCACUUUGAGUCACUGCGCCUGCAUGAUCGACCUUUUUGGCCGAGCGGGAUUAUUGCGCGAAGCGCAAGAUUUUAUCGAGAAAAUGCCGGUCGAGCCUGAUGUAGUCUCGUGGGGCUCGCUCUUGGCUUCGUGCAGAGUUUAUAAAAACACGGAGCUCGCGAAAUUCACGGCCGAAAAAAUUCUCUCGAUCGAGCCGGAGAACAGUGGGGCCUACUCGGCUUUGGCGAAUGUGUACUCGGCGUGCGGAGAAUGGGAAGAGGCGGCGAAAAUUAGAAAGUCGAUGAAGGAUAGGAGAGUUAAGAAAGAACAGGGUAUUAGUUGGCUCCAGAUUAAGAACCGAGUUCACGUUUUUGGGGCGGAAGACUCGGUUCAUCCUGAACGGGACUCGAUUUUUCGGAAGGCGGACGAAAUAUGGGAGGAUAUUAAAAGGAUGGGUUUUGUUCCGGACUUGGGUUGCGUGCUGCACGAUUUGGAUAAGGAGCUAAAGGAGCAGAUUCUUAAGCACCACAGUGAAAAACUGGCGAUCGCGUACGGGUUGUUGAGUACGCCGGAGAAUAGUACGUUGAGGAUCAUGAAGAACCUUAGGGUUUGCAAUGACUGUCAUUCGGCCAUCAAAUUUGUGUCGAAACUGGCCGCUCGAGAGAUAAUCGUUCGGGAUGCCACGCGUUUUCACCAUUUUAAGGAGGGUUUGUGUUCGUGCGGGGACUAUUGGUGA